AUGACAUCCAUAGACGAUACCUCUAAUCCCACCUCCGCGAAUCAGUCCACUUCUGAGCCACCACCGACUUGGACUUACCCUACAAGGACCUGCCGCCUGUGUCUGGAGGAAGUCCCUGCGACUGUGACUCUUUACCCGCCCGGCCUCCCUCCAGCGUUCCAGCGUCCUUUCAUUGAAUAUAAAAAUGACGAUGAGUAUGGCCGACUCGUCAAGCCUUGUCAUUGCAGAGGCGGCAUGAGAUACAUUCAUGAACUGUGUUUACGAAGAUCGAGAACUGAAGGCGUCCGGCCGGGGUCAUUGUGGAAAUGCCACGAGUGUGGCUACCAGUUCAACUUCAACCGGCUCACAUUGCAAAGAUAUUUGGGAAGCAAGGCAUUCACGGGCUUUUUGACGGUCUUGGUCAUGUUGCUUGUCAUGUUCAUGCUGGGCUUCAUUGCGGACCCUAUCUUGAACUUCUAUACCGACCCUUAUGAAACCAUCCUUGGCCAUGAAGACCUAUGGUCGGAUAUCGAAGUUAACCGGUCGAAAGAUAUCUCGUCUGGGUGGGCCCAACACUUUGUAAAGGGCAUGGUUUCAAUGGGUGUUUUAAGCUUUCUCAGAACCGCCCUUCUGAAUCCCUUCCAAUGGUGGAACCUCAGGACUACCGGGUUUGUCAGCAGUAGAAUCUCGGGAAGGUCCACCACCGGCCGCGAUCGCGCUGUCAAUGUGAGCUGGAUCGUGAUUGUUAUGGGUGUUUUGUCCGCCUCAUAUCUGUUCUAUCAGUGGGUUCAAACCAUCAUCACCAAAACUCUCCAGCGCAUUGGGAACAACAUCGUUGAUACUCAGCUACCGGGGGAUGACGACGAUCUCAAGCCCCCUCCUGGUUUUAAGUUCGACGAAAGCUAUCCGAAAGCUAUCGAUUCCCAAGCUUCUCAGCCAAAACCUGAUGUUGACGGGCAUGACGGCCAAACUUUAGGGCCUCAUUCGAAGUCCCCUGGCAGCCUGGAUCGAAACGAUGAUUCUGGACUGGCUCAGCGGCGUUCGGAUGUACCGAACUUGCAGGAUGCUGCAGGAGUUGAUGGAGUUGCAACCAGCCCGAUAUCUCGUUCCGCACAGGGCCACCUUCCAGGCAGUUGGGACUCUACAGGGUUCAGUUCUGCAAUCGAGAGUGCGCAGUCUCAGGGAUGGUCAUUCUCCGACCUCUGA